AUGGCUUGGAGACCACCUCCCAUGAACAUGACCGGUUCGUCCUCGACUGCCGCUGCAAAUCCAAUUUCGGCAACUGCUGCAGCUCCAACUCCGGCGAUUUUUGAUCCAAAUGAUCGAGUGAAUCCUUUCAGCCUUCAUCCAAAUGAGAGUCCGUCCCUGCAAUUGGUGACUGUACAUCUGGAAGGAAAAUCAAACUAUCAUGCCUGGGCUAGGGCAAUGGAGAUGGCUUUGAAAUCGAAGAACAAGCUUGCUUUUGUGAACGGAUCAAUGUUGAUCCCCAAUCAGAAUGAUCCCAAACAUUUCUAUUGGGAUCAAUGCAAUACCAUGGUCCUCUCAUGGAUUCUAAGGGCCGUUUCUCCUACCAUCGCUCGAAGUGUUUUAUGGAUUAACACUGCAGAAGGAGUGUGGAAGGAUCUCAAGAAACGAUUUAGUCAACAAGAUAUCUUCAGAGUAGUUGAGAUUCAGGCUGAAAUUCACCAAACAAAGCAAGGUAACACUUCUGUGAACGAGUAUUUUACUCAACUAAAAUCGUUAUGGGAUGAGUUGGCUGUGUUAAGAUCAAUCCCCUCUUGUGACUGCAUUCCCAGCUACAAAUGUGGAGCUGACCUAUCUGAAAAAGUUAGAACUCAUAUUGAGAAUGAUAUGUUAACUGCUUUUUUGAUUGGAUUAAAUGAGAACUUUGCUUACACCAAGAGGCAGAUUAUGUUGAUGAAGCCUCUCCCUGAUGUUGGAGAAGCCUUUGCAAUGGUCUCUCAACAAGAAAGGCAAAUGGAUGCUAUCCCAAACAUCUUGACAGAAAACAUAACUGGAGCCAAUGCUUUCUUAGCAAACUCUGGCAACAACAGAAAAUUCUAUCCAAAUCAAAAGCCAAAACCUGUGUGUAGCUAUUAUGGAUACACAUGGCACACAAUUGAUAAGUGCUACAAGAAACAUGGCUACCCACCUGGGUGGAAGCCAAGAAACAAAAGCAUGGGUUCUGCCAAUCAAGUUCAGUCUUCUUCACAAGAGUCAUUAGAAACUGGUCGUGGGAUCUCUGGCCUUGGGAUUUCUACAGUGACUGAGGAAGACUAUAGAAGGUUUCUGGACUUCAUGCAGCAACAACAAAGAAGUAGGAGUACUCAGGCCACUCCUCUCACUAUCAAUCCUCAGAUUAAUACCAUAUCAGCUAAUUUCAUACCUGAUGCCAAUUUAGAAGGUAAGAAAGUCAGUUCUGAUUUGGUUAAUUCUGAGCCUUUAUGGAUUCUUGACAGUGGUGCUACACACCAUAUUCUGUGCAAUGAAUAUAUGCUACAAACAUCCAAGAGAGUGCAUGGUAUAUUUGUAGAUUUGCCUAAUGGACACCAGGCUUAG